CCAAUAGGAGUAAGGUACAGUUAGUCGGGAAAUUUGAAUUAAAUGAGACAAAACUGCCACUGCGAGCUGGGAGUGGAAGAGAAAAAUAAAAAAUAACAAACAUAAUAAAGCCUAUUAUUCGUCUGGAUUUUACCAGCGUAUCGGAGUCCGGGUACGGUUAACAUGAGGAAAAGUGAGGUGUUGGCUGCAGAGUCUGUGGCAUGUUUAAACAAAGCCCUGUCCCGCCUAAAGGAUAUCUGGGAGGAGAUUGGGAUCCCAGAGGACCAACGACUGCAGAGAACGGAUGUGGUAAAGAAACACAUUAAAGGUCUGCUGGAUAUGAUGAUAUCUGAGGAGGAGAGCCUCAGGGAGAGGCUGCUGAAUAGCAUUGCUUUGUGCCGCAAGGAACUAGACACUCUGUGCAUAGAGCUUCGCCUGCCUCCGUUUGAGGAAGAGGAGGGAAACACAGUCCUUCAGCUUGAGAAGGACAUCCGCACACGACUGGAGGUAAUGAUGAAACAGAAGAAGGAGAGGAUGCAUGAUCUGAAGACCUUGAAAGAGCAAGACCAGGACCUUUGUGACAUUCUCUGCACCGAGCCUUACUGCAUUGACAGUGAUGCUGUCCCCAGCCUGGAGGAACUGAACCAAUUCCGCCACCACAUUGCAAGUCUCUGUGCAGAAAAGGAGCGAAGAAGAAGAGAGUUUGUGGGCAUCAAAAGGCAGAUUAUUUUGUGCAUGGAGGAGCUAGACCACUCACCAGAUACAAGUUUCGAGAGAGAUGUGGUGUGUGAGGAGGAGGAGGCUUUCUGUCUGUCCACAGAGAAUAUCGCUAUGCUGAAUCAGCUCCUGAAUCAGCUGGAGGUGCGCAAGUCCCAGAAUGCAGUCCUUUGCGCAUCUUACCGUGACAGGAUCGUGGAGCUAUGGGAGAGACUGCAGGUUCCACAGGAGGAGAGGGACGCCUUCUCUGUUCACAUGGUUGGGUCCAGACCAAGUAAUAUUCAGGCUUUACAAGAGGAGGCGGAGCGUCUGCAUGAGUUGAAGCUACAGAACAUUCGGAAUGUAAUCCAAGCUAUCCGAGCAGAGGUGGCGGCCUACUGGGAAAAAUGUUUCUACAGCCCUGAGCAGAGGCAGGCCUUCACACCCUACUAUGAUGAGGAUUACACAGAGGACCUGCUGAGUCUGCAUGAUGCUGAGAUCCUGCAUCUGAAGCAGCACUAUGAGGCUCACAGAGAGCUCUUUGAAGGGGUACACAAAUGGCAGGAGAGCUGGACGCUAUACCUGGAGCUUGAUAGAAAAGCAACAGAUCCGGCAAGGUUUACAAACAGGGGAGGGAACCUUCUGAAGGAAGAAAAGCAGAGGGCAGAUCUUCACAAAAAUUUGCCCAAACUGGAAAAGAAGUUGAAGGCGCAGAUCGAUGACUGGGAGCAGGAGCAGGGCCGGGAGUUCCUGGUGAGCGGACAGAAGUUCCUGCAGUUUGUGGAAGAGCAGUGGGAGCUUCAUCGGCUGGAGAAGGAGAGGGAAAAGCAGGCACGGCAAAUGAAAAAGACCAAGCAGAUAGAAGAGGAGAUGCUGUAUGGCACUGCUCCACGAACUCCAUCCAAACGAAGGUUUCUGGGAGCAAACACUCCCGGUAAAGUGCGUAAGCUCAAUGCCACCUCAAUCUCUAGUGCCACUCCCAACAGCACGGUACGUUCUGCCUUCGGUGGGACUCUCUGUCACUCCCCUGUGUCCCGUCCCCCACUCUCGGGAAGCAAGCCUGUCCAGCCGAUUCGAACCCCAGGACGCAGCAAGCCUCUCCGCAUGGGGGUGCUGGACCGGAACAAGGAGAAUGUGUCCCAGUUGAAUGGAACUGCCAUGAGUGGUGCGUUCAAGGGCACAGCUAGUCCACAGCGUAACUUCAGCAAUAACUCUGUUGCCAGCACCUAUUCUGAGUUUGCGAAGGAUUUUUCCCAUACAGACUCUACCGCCCUCAGUUCAAGCGAGAACUUUCAAAAGCAUCCAAAUCUAACUGCAACUCUGGAGUCCUAAACUCUACCAUUACCAACCAUCACACCUGAUGCCAGCAACGUUUGGAGAUGGAAAAUAGCAGGGCAGGCUUUUGGAGUACUUUGUAAAUGUGGGCUUUGGGUGCAUUUAUUUUAAUGAAGGUAAACUUUUAUAAGAAAAAUGUACAAACAGCAGCAUAACCAGCAAAAAUAUAUUUAACCCCUAGUUUUAAAAUCGACAAGCUUUUUUUUAUAAUCAACACUAUUUUUUGUUCAUUCUAAUUAACACUUAAGAAAAUGAUAUGCAAGGUUAAGUUUGACCUUGUGUUUGUUUUAUGUAUUUAUUAUUUUCAGUGUCCAGUACUGGUUAUGUCUAGCUUUAGUUUUAAUUUUCUUCAUAUGUUUUAGCUAAUGAAUAGUAGAUGAAUUUAUGUACUUUGCUAAAGUAAUUUUAACCUGUUAGUUUUAUUAUGUAUAUACUGUUAAAAGUAUAAGUUAAUAAUCAUGUAUGUUUUGCACAUUUCUUGGCACUACAUUUGUAUAAUAGUGCUUUGCUUGUUGUAUUUAUUCCUAAUGUUAUACUGUACUUUUUCAAUGUGUAUUUCAGGAUACACUACCUAUAGUUUAUGGCAUCUGUGUCCUCCUGUAGUGAGGACUGUGUCUAUCAGGAACAAAGCUUUCUAUUUCUGCCUGGUAGCGUGCUAUUCAUAUUUCUGCAAGAAGGCUCUGCAGUCUAGAGAAUCUCUGUAAAUACGUUUCUGGUUCUGUAGCUCUAGGAUUACACUGAAAAUGAAUGGGCUCUUCAAGAAAUAAACUGAACAAAGUAAAUAGCAAACAUUAUGUUAGAAAUGCAAAACUGUUGUGAUCUAGUAUGAAUAAAAAAAGGCCUUGUUUGAAUUGAAAUGGUUGCUAUUUGUGUUUAUUAAAGGAAAAAGUUUUUAUUAAAUGUAAAUGCUAGAAAAAAAACUUGAUAAAAUAAACUCCAAUGUUUUGUAAGAAUACAUACUGUAAAUUACUUUCUGUUUUUAGAGCUGUGUGGAAUAUAGGCAUGAUUUAAACUGUACAAU